AUGGCUACCACAUCGUUACUUGAUCUGCCCGACGAACUCAUCCACAACAUCUUCAUCCACCUGAACGCAUCCUCAGCCACAAAGUUUGGACAAGGCUCGAAACGCUUAUACAAGAUCUCAAAUACCGCCUCACUAUGGCGUCGUUGGUGCCGCGAUGGCUGGAAUUAUUGGGAAGAGCAAGAGGACAGACCCAUCCCGGAUUACAAUCCUCACUCGCAAACUGAGUGGAAGAGUGCAUACGCCAACAAGGUCACACAGGAUAAAGAGGUUCUGGCCAUCUUCAACGAUCUCCUGAGUGUCCAGCAGAAUCGAAUGGCGCGCAUGCACGAGAUUGUUGAACUUUACGCAUACGACGCCAAAGACAUGCUGGUCGCCCAGCUUAGCACGCCUGACGACGCUGAAGAUGUUCUCGCCCGCCGAUACUGGAGUGGCGUCGUCCUUGAACUACUACAUCGCUUCAAGGCCGUUCAAAUAUGGGACAAGAUGCAGUGGCAGGACUACCCACCACUCGAAGAAGCUUUGGGCGCUUUCGACCUGUUCAUCCAGGGCAGUGGCAGUGAUUUCGAGCUGUCCAUCCUCAAGAAAGAGUUGGACGACAUUGCUCAUGCUAUCGAGUUUUCGGUCCCAGACUGGCGCGAUAAGAGCCACACUGACCAGGCGAUUGCCAUUUCCAAAUACCUAAGAGAACACCGUCUUGUCGGCUGCUCACCUGAAACAUUCAGUCUCAUGCGAUACCGAUUCAUCACUCAUGUUCUGACACACCCAACCGACAAGUCUUCGAUUCCUAUGCAAUCGGUUGUUAUCUUCUGCUGUGUGGCUAUGAGACUUGGUCUCAUAGCCUGGCCUUGCAAUUUCCCAGGCAAGAUUCAUGCAGUCAUUGAAUCGCCGUAUGGCCCAUCGAUUAAAGACACGCGAGCUUCUCACAAGAUUCCCGAUGGUGUUGUUUGGAUGAAUCCUUUCGAUCACGACGAGAUCAUUACAGAGCAAGAAAUGCGAGACAUGCUCAGUCAAAUGCCACAUUACAACACACCAGAAAGUCAAUAUUCAUGCUUGACGCGAGCUCAUACUCGAGCUUUGGUGCUAAGAACUGGUGUUAAUAUCAUCGGAUCCAUGCAAUUUCACAGACCAUCUCCAGGCUGGGAGACACCCAACAUUGCGUUCUGCGCAUUGUGGAGUCUCAUCUCCAUGAGCCAGGUCGACGCACCCAAGAAUCGCGAUUUAUAUGGACGCCAUCAACAUUGGUUGAGCCAGAUAGUAAAUUGGUUCGAGGGUUAUGUUCAGGAUGGACUCUGGCUUGACGAUGCUGUACUUUUUGAGCGCUAUGUCCUGCCCCUCAUCGAUGGAGUGGAAGCAAGCACCAGACUAUCGCAGAUUCUGCAACAGAUCCGAAGCGCAGACUCGAACGCGAAACCCCUUACUCCUCGUAACGAGCAUACACAGUUAGUCAAGUACAAAGUCGGACAAAUUUUCAGACAUGUCCGUUAUGGUUACGUAGGUGCAAUCAUUGGAUGGGAUCCCAGCUGCCAGGCUGGCGAGUUCUGGAUCCAGAGCAUGCGGGUAGAAGAUCUUCCUCGAGGCCGCGAACAAAGCUUCUACCAUAUAAUAUGCGAGGACGAAUCUCUGCGCUACGUAGCCGAGGAGAACAUCAUGGUUCUCGAAGAAGAGCCAUCCGAAAACCUGUUGAGACUUGCUGGUCGCUAUUUCAAGCGCUGGGACCAAGGGAACAAGGUCUUUAUCAGCAACAUCAAGGAUGAAUAUCCCGACGACUGA